CAGCAUCUCUCAAAUGUCGCCCGGAGUUCUUCCCGAAGAACUUAUCAUAGAAGUCUUAUCGAUCCUUCCUGUCAAAUCUAUUUUGAGAUUCAAAUGCGUUUGCAAGCCAUGGGAAUCUCUCAUCUCUGAUCCUUUCUUUGUCCAAAAGCAUCUUCAUCUAUCACAAAAAAGUAACACACAUCUCGCACUGAUCUUGUGUAAACCUCACGUAAAAACUAUUUGCUUAUAUAAUGAUAGGGAUUCCUAUUAUUAUGAUAGGGAUUGUUGUGUGGUACCCUUUUCCCUCAACACUUUACUACUUAAUCCAUCUAUAACUAUUACCAUUCUUCCUCAGCAUAGAUUGAGGUAUAAGCGUUGCUUCCGAGUUAUCGGUUCCAUCAAUGGAUUGCUCUGUCUGUUUAAUUCUCGCAUAAGUUUUGAUGGUUCAGAUGAUCGAAACACAUACUUCCGUUUGUGGAACCCAGCCACCAAGAAAAUAUCUCAAAAAUUUGGUUCAAUUACCCAUCCCAAUAGCCAUCCAUAUUUUGGCCCUGAUAAUAAAUCUAACUAUCUCAGGUUUGCAUUCGGUUAUGAUAAUUCAACUGAUACUUAUAAAGUAGUGGCAUUUUGUCCUAAUGAGGUCAGAAUUUUCAGUUACGGUGAUAAUGUUUGGGAAAACAUUCAACGUUUCUCUGUAGUUCCUUACUUUCGUGUGGCUCUUGUUCGCCAUAAAGAGCAGCGACUUAAUGAAGGCGUGUAUUUGAGUGGUACAGUUAACUGGUUGGCCAUUCCCAAUUUUAAAUAUUUUUGGAUGGAAUAUGAAGCAUAUCAAGAUUUUCCGGCAAUUGAUCAAUUUGUGAUUAUCUCGUUGGAUCUAGGUACCGAGACAUACAACCAACUUCUUCUCCCUCGGGAUUUAGUUGAAGUCCCGCCUAUUUUUCCAACUAUUAGUGUGUUGAGGGACUGCCUUUGUUUUUCCUAUCCUAUUAAGACCACACAUUUUGCUAUAUGGAUGAUGAUGUAAUUUGGAGUCCAGGAGUCUUGGACUCAAUUCCUUAAUAUUAGUUAUGCAGAUCUUCAAAUUGAUUAUGAAUCCCCACGAUUUCGUUAUGAUCAUCUACUGUACCCGCUGUGCCUUUCCGAGGAUGAUGACACAGUAAUAUUAGCAAGUAGUCAUGAAGAGCAAGCAUUUCUCUAUAAUUGGAGAGAUAAUAGGGUAGAGAAAACUAGGAUCACCAACCAUAUAUUGUGGAUGUUUUCCCCUAAUUAUAUUGAAAGCUUGGUUUCGACAUGUUGAAAGAAGACAACCCCAAUUUCAAACACAUUAAGCGUUAUUGAUGGUUGCUUGCAAUAUGACAACAUUGGCAAGAAGAAAGGAAAAAAAAUGGUGAUAUCAUGG